AUCUGAGCGGAGAGAGAGAGGGAGAGAAAGUACGCAUGGCUGGCAGAAUCGCCGGCCUUGUAAGCGGCUGCGUGGGGCGGCAGGAGCAGAGGGGAACAGCGACUUGCGCAAGAGAGACGCCGCAAAUCUUCCCACCCCACAGGCGAAUGAGACGAACGUGAUUGCACUUCUGGCUUUUUUUCUUUCCCGAAGAGGAAAGGCUGCGCCGUAUAGGGGGCAGCAGGGCGGAGAACCGCCAAUCGGCUCCCGAUAUGUAGCAGCCGCCGAGGGAAAGUGGCACAAAAACGGGAAGACGCGGGAUAGAGACUCGGGAAGCGACAUGUCCCGGCGUGUUUUUGGGUAGGGGGGAAUAAAAACCCGCAGCGCCAUCCUUAAGCUGCAAGUUUGGGGGAAAUCAAGCGAAUACUUGAAACUUUUUUUUUUCAGAGAUGCUGCUUAAGCGUUAGACUCGGUGCCGCGGAGCUUUUAACACGGCGACCAGCUCAGACUUUAGUCUCCUUUUUUGUCUUGAAGACGGGGAGGCUGUGAUAGAGAUCCGUGCAGACAGGGGGCCGGGGGGCGGCCGUCCCCUUCGCUCGUUCACUCUCUAGCUGCGGAAUGAUGAUGGCCGCGGACGACGGCGGCGGCGACACCGGCCCCCUCACGGCUCGCUAUCCGUUUCUCUCCAAGCCGCGCCCGCCGCCUCCCACCGCGCCACCCCCGGUCCCGCACGGUGCCCGGCGCUCCCCGGACGCGUCUCCUGACGGGGCGUUUGUCCCCGGUCCGGUCGAGAGGAGCGUGACGCCCUGCGCCCCCGCGCCCGAGAGUCCGGCCAGCGUACCGUCGCCCACCACCGGCAGUCCGGACGGGCCCGGCGCCUUUCCUCCGCUACCGCCUCCGCCCUCCGGCUCAGUGGACGAAGGAGACGGUUUAGACGGUCCCGAGUACGAGGAAGAGGAGGUCGCUUUCUCCCUGACUGCGCCGCCUACCGACCAGUGGUUCCAUGGCAAGCUGGAACGUGGCAUGGCGGAGGAGCGCCUGCGGCAGGCACGCACCCCGGGCAGCUACCUCGUCCGCGAGAGCGAGCGUCGGCCCGGCUCCUUCGUGCUCUCCUUCCUCAGCGUCACCGGUGCAGUCAACCACUUCAGGAUUAUCGCCAUGUGUGGCGAUUACUACAUCGGGGGGCGUCGGUUCUCCUCCCUGUCAGACCUGAUUGGCUACUACAGCUAUGUGUCAUGCCUGCUGAAAGAGGAGAAGCUGCUUUCCCCAGUCCCCCCACCUGAGCCCGUGGAGGACCGACGGCGAGUGAGAGCCAUCCUGCCCUACACAAAGGUGCCGGACACGGAUGAGAUCAGCUUCCUGAAGGGUGACAUGUUCAUCGUGCACAACGAGCUGGAGGAUGGUUGGAUGUGGGUGACCAAUCUGCGCACUGACGAGCAGGGCCUCAUUGUGGAGGACCUGGUGCAGCCAGUGGGCCGAGAGGAGGAUCCACACGAGGGAAAAGUGUGGUAUCACGGAAAAGUCAGCAAAUCCGAAGCAUAUAGCCUGCUGAUGACAGUCGGCCAGGUGUGCGGCUUCCUGGUCAGGCCCUCCGACAGCACUCCCGGGGACUACUCGCUCUUCUACCGCACGGGCGAGAACAUCCAGAGGUUCAAGAUCUGCCCCACUCCCAACCACCAGUUCACAGUGGGGGGGCGGUACUACAACAGCAUCGAUGAUGUCAUCGACCAUUACAAAACUGAGCAGAUUGUGGAGGGAUAUUACCUGAAAGACCCAGUACCUGUUCAGCAUCAGGAGCAGGUGUACUCUGAAACGGCGGACGGGAAGGAGAUUUAUAAGACUAUCCGGCAAAAGGCUAAGGACACAUUUUAUAAAAACAUCGUCAAGAAGGGUUAUCUCCAGUUCCUGAAAGGCAAAGGAAAACGCUGGAAGCCCCUGUACUUCAUCCUGGAGGGGAGCGACGCCCAGCUCAUUUACUUCGAGAGCGAGAAGCGGGCGACCAAACCCAAAGGCCUGAUCGACCUGAGCGUGUGCUACGUGUAUGGUGUCCACGACAGCCUGUUCGACAGGCCAAACUGUUUCCAGAUCAUGGUUCAGCAUUUUAGUGAAGAGCAGUACAUCUUUUACUUCGCCGGCGACUCUUCUGAGCAGACUCAGGACUGGAUGAAAUGCUUGCAGACGUUUUGUAAUAACUUAAGGAAACCGGCGCAGUCUUCCUCCAACAAGCUCCGCCUCCGUCAGGUGAACAGUUUGAUCCUUAACGUUGAAGAGGCCCACAAACUGCCGACGAAACAUUUCACCAACCCGUACUGCAACAUCUACCUGAACAGCGUGCAGGUGGCAAAGACUCACCUGCGUGAAGGACAGAACCCCGUAUGGGCAGAGGAGUUUGUCUUCGACGACCUCUCGAGUGACAUAAACCGGUUUGAAAUCAGCUUGAGCAACAAGACGAAAAAGAGCAAAGAGAGCGACAUCCUGUUCAUGUGCUGCCAGCUGAGUCGUCUGCAGCGAGGACAGACCAGCGACGAGUGGUUUCCCCUCAGCUCCCACGUGCCCCUGAAGGGCAUCGAGCCGGGCUCCUUGCGCGUCCGUGCCCGCUACUCCAUGGAGAAGAUCAUGCCCGAGGAGGAGUACGACAAAUUUAAGGAGCUGGUCCUCCUGAAAGACUUCCAUGUGGUCUAUGGCCUGGCCCAAGUCUGCGGGCAGGACCGCGGCCUCCUGGCCAGCAUCCUCCUCAGGAUAUUCCGCCUCCAGAACCUGGAAGCUGUCCUACUGAGGACCUUGAACGACAGGGAGAUCAGCAUGGAAGAUGAGGCCGCCACACUGUUCCGAGCCACCACCCUGGCAAGCACGCUCAUGGAGCAGUACAUGAAGGCUACCUCCACACCCUUUGUCCUGCAUGUUCUUAAGGACACCAUUCUGAAGAUCAUGGAGUGCAAGCAGUCCUGUGAGCUGAACCCGUCCAAACUGGAAAAGAAUGAAGACGUGAACUUGAAUCAGACGCACCUUUUGAGCAUCCUGUCAGAGCUGGUGGAGAGGAUCUUCUCGGCCGCUGACAUUCUGCCACGGAAAUUGAGAUUCAUCUAUGGAUGCUUGCAGAAAUCAGUCCAGCAGAAAUGGCCUGACAACGCGACCAUGAGAACCAGAGUUGUCAGUGGUUUUGUUUUCCUAAGACUGAUUUGCCCUGCAAUCCUCAACCCAAGGACGUUCAAUAUAAUUACUGACCCGCCCUCUGUCACUGCCGCCCGAACCCUCACGCUUGUCGCCAAGUCUGUGCAGAAUCUGGCAAACCUUGUUGAGUUUGGAGCCAAGGAACCCUAUAUGGAGGGGGUCAAUCCAUUUAUCAAAAACAACAAGCAACAAAUGAUCACAUUUCUAGAUAAGCUUGGGAAUGUCCCUGACCUCCCUGAGACGCCAGAGCAGUUUAGAACAGACUUGUCGCGAGAUCUGGCCGCGCUGCAUGAGCUCUGCGUUGGUCACUCCGAUGAGCUUCGAACCCUAAGCAAUGAACGAGGUCCUCAGCAGCAUGUUUUGAAAAAGCUCUUGGCAAUCACAGAGCUCCUCCAGCAGAGACAGGCUCACUAUGCCAUGUCCAACAACAACAGGUAGUAAACUCCUGCAGCAUGGGGCCCCCGCAUCCUCCACACACCGCUGUCACCUCAGCCCCACGCCCUUUGUCCUCCUCCAGUCCACCUCCAUUACAUUCAUUAAAAAUGUCUUCUGAAGUCACGAAGUUCAUUUGGUAGUUAAAAAGUUGCUAUAAAUCGAAAUUCAUUUUGUGUGGCCUGGAAACUGACUGAGAGAAGGGUUAGGCAUAUUCUUGAUUUGUACUGUAAUCAAUAGCCAUUUGUUUUAUGUUAAUAUUUACAAAAAACAGUUUUAUUGUCAAAUUCGUCAGUAGUGUUCUGCUUUAUAGCUCCAGACAAAAUAGGAAAGAUGUCAAAAAAAGCUAUUUUAUAUUGAGACAUUGUUUCUUUAGCUGUCAUCGUGUUUUUUUUUUUUUUUGUCUGUUUUGAUUUUGUUGCCAUUUGGUUUAUUCUACUUUAAUACCAGGUGAUAUAAUCAAGGAAAUAAUUUUGAAAAGCAUUUGUGUUUUGUAUCAUAGUACAAAUGUAUCUGGUUGCAUGUUCUUAUUAAACCCUUUUGUAAAGUACAUUGUGUCAUUUUUUGUAAAAUUUCCACUUGACAUUUUAAAAACUCAUGACACAAUAUGAAAUUUAAACGUGUAUAUAUCAGAUAAAAUUGGCUGUAUUGAUUUUUCACACUGAUAUACUGCAAAUUUAGACAAUUUGAAGAUUAUAGUGUCUGGACCUUGCAAUAUGAUCUGUUGUCAAUAAGAAAAUGUGUUUUUAUUUUUUAUGUUUGUCAGAGGUCUGUUCUGUCCAGUUAUCAUAGUCUCCUUAUGCAACUGAAGAUUACUUAUUUGACGCAGGAAUAUUUUGUGCAAAUAAUGAGACAGUAACAAUGGUCAGGAAAGUCUUAUUCACAGAAUAGAACAGUAGUUUGUGGACAUUUGUGUGUAUUAAAGUACAUAUAAGCUA